AGUGACAGAUUCGAAGGGUUUCUGUUCGUGACACCAGCCAAAAUAUGCCUGGACUGCGCUGCUGAUAGGGGUUCUCAUCAAGUGCAACGCUGUAGGGUACGUCACAUGACCGACCGCCGACAACCUCCACUCGGCGCCGCGUCUAUGCCUCGGCAAGCAGAGCCACCGAGGCCCAGCUUCCUACUGUACCCCAAGCCCCAGACACUCUCCGCUCCCUUCGAUAGUCUAAUACGGCGAUCGUUGCGAUCUGUGAACGCGCUCACCUCGCAAUUGACCUUCAGUAACCUCCACCUUGUUAUCGUUUAUCUUCCCGUACUAUCCACGUAGCAACUACGACCGCAACCAUGGCGUCUCCACAGCAGAUCCGCACGACUACUACCGAUCUUCUCAAGAUCAACCAUCCUAUCAUGCUUGCUGGCAUGAACGUUGCCGCCGGCCCUAAGCUCGCAGCUGCCGUCUCCAACGCUGGCGGUAUUGGUGUCAUUGGCGGUGUUGGCUACACCCCAGAUAUGCUUCGCGAGCAGAUUGCCGAGCUCAAGGGCUACUUGAAGGACAAGAGCGCACCGUUUGGUGUUGAUCUUCUGUUGCCUCAAGUCGGCGGCAGUGCACGCAAGACCAAUUACGACUAUACCAAGGGCAAGCUUGACGAUCUCGUUGGUAUUAUCAUCGACUCCGGCGCCAAGCUCUUCGUCUCCGCUGUUGGCGUGCCGCCCAAGCACGUUGUUCAGCGCCUCCACGGCGCCGGCGUGCUGUAUAUGAACAUGAUCGGCCACCCCAAGCACGUCCAGAAGUGUCUCGAUCUCGGCGUAGAUAUGAUCUGCGCUCAGGGUGGCGAAGGUGGUGGCCACACUGGUGAUGUCCCGACUACCAUCCUCAUCCCCACCGUCGCCGCCAUGUGCCGGGGCAAGACUAGCCCAAUGACUGGCAGGCCCGUACAAGUCAUUGCAGCUGGUGGUCUCUUCAACGGCCAAUCUCUGGCUGCAGCGAUGGCGCUUGGUGCCUCUGGCGUGUGGAUCGGCACCCGCUUCGUGCUCUCGGAAGAAGCCGGUGCGCCAAAGGCGCAUCAAGAGGCUGUCCGCACUUCUGGCUUCGAUGACAACGUUCGCACCAUCAUAUUCACCGGCCGCCCACUCCGUGUACGACGGAAUCCGUACAUUGACAAUUGGGAAGAGAACCGGCAAAACGACAUUAAGGAGCUGACCGGUAAGGGUCACAUUCCGGUUGAGCAUGAUCUCGAGCGGAUGGGUGAUGAUAUUGAUGACGAGACGAUGGACAAUGCGCGACCGUUCCUGAUGGGCAAGGCGGCUGCGGUUGUGAACGAGAAGAAGAGCGCCAAGGUGAUUAUUGAUGAGAUGGUGGCGGAGGCGGUUGAGCAGAUUGGCAAGAUGCAAUCUGCCGUCAUUGGCAGGAGCAAGCUGUGAGUGCAAUAAUGAAGACUGAGAUCAUCUGUGUUUCAACACUCGUCAUCUAGUUUAGCCUUCACCUCGUGUUCAGUCGAAUCGGCUCGUGAUGCUUCUGGAGUAGUUGACAGAAAGCGGCCAGUUGAGAUCCUGUUGCCGUCGACUGAGACAAGGAAGUAUGCGUCAUCACUCUGUUGUUCAGAGUCGAUACCGUCUGGCAGCAGCGAUAUGUCACUCCCAACCUG